AGGCACUAGUGCGCCAUUUGAAGCUUUUGUAUUGUGUUCAUGUGCUAGUGUAUGCGAUUACGUGUGUACAUGCAGAUCUUUCGGUAGCGUCUCGUUCGCCGCUCCGCGAUUGGGAAAAAGGAUACGGAUCAAUAUUUUGGCAUUUCCGCAGGAUACGAAAUCGCGAAACGCGCUCGGCUCCGCGAGACACGAGAAAACAAUUGGACGUGACGCGACGAGAAGUCGCACUUCGGAGAUUCGUUUUCCCUCCUCGAAUGCCGCGUGUGCGAUGAACUGAAUUUAUUUUUUUGUGAGAUCUUGAGUGAACAAAUGUCUCAAGAUGUCCAAGGACCAAUACGGCCUUGCUCGCUGAUCGGAUCGCUGAGGGAUCGACCGUGGUCUCUCUCGGUGUUGAUUCGAAGGAACUUGGCAACGUGCUUGUCUCCUUCUCUUUUUUGGAAUGGAGCCAGAUGCUAAAAUUCCCUUGCCAUUAGAGCCUAUAAAGUCAAAUCAGGUUGAGGACAGACGCUUAUGGGUGGGCAACUUAGAUUUAAGAAUUAAUGAGUACCAACUCCUGAAACUUGUCCAAAAAUACGGCACAAUCGAAAAGUUCGACCUGCUGUUUCAUCGAUCGGGACCUCAAGCUGGUCAGCCAAGGGGAUAUGCAUUUGUUACAUACAAAACGAUUCAGGAUGCUAAAACGGCAAAAGAUGCUUUACAUAACUUGAAAGUUGGAGCUAAGAAUAUUAUUGUCAGAUGGGCACAUAAUGUCACUGAGUCGGACAUGGAUAAACCAAAACCAAAGAUAGAUAUUCCUGCCUUAGCUGGCGCAAAAAAGGAAGAUAAGAAAAUAAGUCGUGAAACAGCAAUUCAAGCAAUCGAAGCAAAACUCAAAUUAAUGAAGGAAUCAGAAGAGGAAUUUGAGUUGAACAAACCUUUGGAAGGAUCGCCAAUUUUACACCUUUAUCAAAAAACGGAGAAUCAAAAACCGUCCACCUCUACGCGUUAUAACAACCGUGGAAGUUAUCAUCACAAUAAGCCAUACAGUCGCCACAAAUUAAGAAGAUAAUUCAUAUAUAUUUUA